CAGAGCAGGAAGUGGCUGUCAACGUCGUCGCUGCUGCUGUAAUGUGAAUGAAAAUACUGCUGAGUCUUUGUGAAGGAGAGGGCAGCUUUUACGUUUUCAUCUUUUUUUAACUUUCUGCAUCUUUCAAACCGGGGAACUCCUCCUUUUAGCGAACAUGCGGCUCCGUGCGACCUGCGCGCUCCUGGGACUUGUGUUGUUGACGGUCAUCGAUUCAUCAGGAUGCCUCCAGACGGAGGUCCAACCAGAGAAGGGCUCGGCGGUGACGGUGUCCACCGAGCUGCCUUUGGGUCAGUGUGCUGUGUGUACAGUCAGCGGGGUGAAUGGCACACAGACGUCCUGCCACUCCUCUCUGUCUCUGGUACCUGAGGAGAAGGUCAAACUGCUGUUCAACUGCUCCCAGCCGAUUGAGCAGGCAUACACUGUGAUGAUUACUCGCACCAUCGAGUGCACUAAGGACACCUGCACCCCCACAACAGUAGAAACUCAACCCUCCAUCCUCAUAGAGUUCACCAGAACCUUCACCUGGGAGCUCAAGGCACCUGAGAAGACAGUCGUGACUCUGGACAUCCUUGGAGAGGGACUGAUGGAGACGUCACAGCCAUGCCCUAAUGGGUUCCAGUAUUUAGUGGCUACAUCCAAAACAAGCGACAAGGGCCGGACUCAGUACUGUCGGGGUGGUUCUGUUACUCGUUUAGACCUGCCCGACCAAGCUGUUGUCUCUCUGCAAGUUAAGCCAAAGGCUCAGGUGGAAUCUGUGUUGUUCCAGGCCUCUGCUGGACCAUUAAAGGGCCGAUCAGUGGUUGUAACUGUUGAUUCCAGCACAACUGUGGCCAUUAGCCGUAAUCCAGAGGAACCAGAAUGUGAAGUGUGCUCUGGUGAUGGCGCCACUCCCAGCUGUAGCCCGACAGAAAAGUCACUGACGAACGCUGAAAAUCUUCAGCUGGAGUUCAGCUGCCCAAAACCUGAGGAUGUGUACAGUGUGAAGAUAAACAAGAAAAUAGAAUGCACCAAGACCUCCUGCACUCCAGCUGCAGGAGACAUUGAUCCUGACCUCUUCAAGGACUUUGAAAAAUCGCUAAAGUGGGACAUUAGUGUACCAGAGAGGACCGUAUUAACUUUGGACUUCCCUGGUGGAUUAAAGGAGUUGUCUGGAGCAGAAAAUUGCCAAGAUGGUCACCAGUACUCAGUGAGUACAACUAAAGGCGACGGAAAGAUCAAAACUAACAGUUACUGCAAGGGUGGGCCAGUUUCUCAUCUGGAUCUGCUCGGAGCGACGACUGUAACUACAGAAGUUCCCAAAGGAGGAGAAGUUGAGUCAACAGCAUUCGCUGUCAAAGCAGCACCAAGAGGUGGCAGAAUGAUGUCCGUGACCCCUGAUCCCAACACCAUCAUCAGCAUCAGUAGGGUGACCAGCGAGCCCGACUGCAGUGUGUGUGAGAAGAAGGCGCCUGAACAGACGUGCAACACUCAGCGUCUCACCCUGAAAGAUCCCACCAACACCUCAGUAGAGUUUACCUGUCCUCAGCCUCAGGAUGUCUUCAGUGUGGAGAUCAACAGAGAAAUUGACUGCACAGAGGCCUCCUGUUCGGGUAACAUCGUUCAGGCCGAGUCCUCACUGUUCCCAGACUUCAAUCGGACCUUCACCUGGGAUCUGAAAGUGGUCUCAACUCGGGCCUUCCAGCUAGACUUUCCAGAGCCUGGAAUGCGGCAGAUUCCCAACGAGGACACCUGUCCAGAUGGCCACACAUACUCACUUCUUACGUAUCUGCGCACAGGACCAGCAACCAUUGGUACCUUUUGCAAAGGAGGAACUGUGACCACCAUCCAGGCUCGCUACAAGGGCCGCAUGUCUCUACAGGUGCCUGGGGACAGGAAGCUGGAUCCUGUUGACUUCAAACUCACUGUUGGGCCUGAGACCAGCAUGGUUGCCAUAGUGAAAGUCAACCUACCACGAGGUGUAUCAGACACAAAGUUCAUCACAGCCAACUAUCCCAGUGAUUUUCCUGAUAACCAGCAGAUGCAGUGGGACUUCAAGGUGCCCGGCAUGCACAACUACACGAUGCAUUUCCUGGAUCACACGGCUCCAGAGUGCCUCAAAAAUGAAGUGGAGGUGCAGUACCAGAAAGGGGGCAAUAAGGUGACCAAGCUGACUCUGACGGAUCCUCAGCCGGAGCAUCAGCAGGGCAGCUUCAGCAUGGUGCUGAAGAACUGUGAAACCAACAGGACGCUACAAGGACUUGCCUUGAGCUACAAAGUCUCUGUCAUGAGGAGCGGUCAUCCAGUGCUUUGUACAGUGGAUCUAACCAAACACCAAGGAGUGUCCCUGCAGAUAGAGAAAGUGGGUUCAGAUCCCUACUGUGAGAUGAGCAUCGACUCUAAUGUUCAAGAGAAGAUAAUCGUUGCUGCAGGCACUAAGGCCAGCCUCUCCUUCCUCGACUGUCCAAAUGAAGACGUGCGCCUGACCGCCAGUAAAGUUCUUGGCUGCCAAAAUGUGGCGUCAUGCUCCCCGACUCUCCUCACCGUGCCCAAGCUGGAUUCCUGCCUACGGAUGCCCCUCCACAGCUUCACCUGGCACCUCAGCAUCCCUCAGGACAGCACGUUGGAUCUGACGUCGCCCACGGGGAGUCUUCGACAGUCCCUGCCUGGCCAGGAGUGUAAUCAGUCUGUCUUCAUGCACGUGGCAGAGGACAAUGGAGUUUCUGUUGGAGAUUUCUGCUUUAACGGAGUCAUCCAGAAAGUUCAGGUGCACGCCAACAUCUCUGUCACAGCCACAGUCCAGAACUUCACCAAGACCAGGGGGCCUUUCCUCAACGUCAGCUACAGUCAGGAGAUUCCAGAGACCAUUAUUUACAGAGUCAGCCCAAAGAUGCCGUCCCCGACCCUGCUGGCCACCCCCAACUGGCCUCAGGGCAUGAGGCCUUCCUCCACCGUGUCCUGGAUCGUCACUCUCCCGAGCCAGUACCAGGCCAACAUGCAGUUUGUCAACCUCAGCCAGCCCAAAUGCAAUGACAGGCACACCGCCAUCAAGGUGAAGAUGCUGGGCCACGAGGAGGAGAUCAUGAGCCGCAGGGAGGACGAGGAGGCGGAGGACAAGCUGUUGGUGCCGCAGAGUUUCUAUCUCAACAUGUCCAACUGCGUACCAGAGGAGGGACAGUUUGGUGCAGUGACCAAAAUCGUUCUGGAGAAGAAGACCAAUCUCUUGGCCAUCCUUCUCGGGAUAGCAGGAGCUCUUUUACUUCUGAUCAUAGUGCUGGUUGUCGUAUGCAUCGUCACAAAGAAAAAGAAAAAAGACAAGAUGAACAAGGAGUCAUCCAUCUACAUGGGGAAAGGGAAUAUCUUCCGCCCAGGUGACAGACACUUCAGCAAAAGUCGGUCUGACAACGAGUCCCACGUCUACGACUCCAUAGAUGAGACGAUGGUGUACGGCCACCUAUUGGGUGAUUCCAGCUACGCCGACAGCAUUCAGGACCGCUACAAAGGGAUGCAGGUGGACUCUUAUCAGACGUUUUCAGGCCCCACUGAUGGAGAGCUGCCUGUAAUCAGAGAGCCGGACCAAGGGCCCGAGAUGGACCGGGACAAGACGUUCCUGGAUCCGUCUAUGAGUUUCAUCCCUCCCCGUCCGCGCACUCCUAUUGACCGCCAGGACAGCCUCGGCUUCGAGGACCGCAGGAUGGUGGACAAUGAACUGUACACGUUCAAGAGCACCGGCGAUAUGAACACAAUCCGGCUCUCCGGUGUUGACUUGGAGCCACAGCCACCAAUAACAGAGGAGUCCUUGUAGUGCAGUCAGGACUGUAACUGCACGAUGGACCGCUGUUACUAAAUUCUCGUUACGUUGCAGAGUAUCUCCAGGCUGCACUGAUGUGAGCUUUGAUCACACUCAGGGAAUCCGUGUUCAAUGAGCAUCUGAAUACGGCGUGAACGUCGUCUCUGUCAGUCUUUUUUAAAGCUUCAAGAGUAGAUGCUACGAUCCUCUUCUUUCAAGGAAGUUUGGGAGAUACUUUUUCGCUUUCUUGCCAACAGUUUGAUGAGACGAUCAAUUCCAUUCUCAUGUUUGUCCAGUAAAAUAAGGCCACAGCUGGCAGCUGGUUAGCUUAGCAUAACAUAAAGGCUCAAAACAAGGGGAAACGGUUAGCCUGCUCUGUCCAAAGAUAGCAUAAUCCACCUGCCAGCAUCUCUAAAGAUCACUAAUUUAUGCAUUAUGUCUGUUUGAUCUGUACAGUGACUUCCUGGUGUCUUGUCGUUACUUGAAGUCACUGUACCCAACCAAGAAAUAGUCCCUGUAAAGCCUUGUCUUGUUUAUGCUUUGAUUUUUAUAUGACUUGGAUAAAUUACAUAUUAAUUAGUGAGCUUUAGAGGAGCUGGAAGAUGGAUUUUGUUAUCUUUGAGCAGAUCCAUGCUAGCUGUUUCCUCGUCUCAAGCCUUUGUGCUAAGCUAAGCUAAUCACCUUCUGGCCGUGCCUAACCCAAGAAACAUUACAGUGAUGUCAAUCAACUCUCAACAAGAAAGCAACAAAAUCGAUUUGAUUUGCUUAGUUUUAUUAAAUCUCUGCCCAUGGGGCAUGGACUUGAGGAGGGACUAUGAAAAGAAUGUGCGAGUACCUUUGGUCCUUGUUUUUUAAAGUGUUUUUACUGUGUAUUGUUUACUAGUCUGUUUUUAAGAGAUUUGUUUUUUCUGUAAAUACAGUUUAGUUUGUUUUUGCAAUAAAUUCAAGGAAAAUGCUGCA